GCCGCGGGGAGGGAGGGAGGGACUCGGGCCAGGAGCAGGAGCAGCCCCGGACCCAAAGCGGCCGGCGGUGCAGCAGCUCCCGGGCUGCGGGAACAGUCUACGGUGGUGCCAGACUAAGUCGCCGGUGGUGCCAAAGCAGCCUCGGUGGUGCGGGAGCAGCCUCCGGUGCUGCAACAGUAGCCUCGGUGGUGCAGCAGUAGCCGCCGGUGCUGCGGAACCAGCCUCCGGGGGUGCAAGAGUAGCCUCGGUGGUGCGGGAGCAGCCCCCGGGGGGGGCAACAGUAGCCGCCGGUGGUGCGGGAGCAGCCCCCCGGGGGUGCAACAGUAGCCUCGGUGGUGCGGGAGCAGCCCCCGGGGGUGCAACAGUAGCCUCGGUGGUGCGGGAGCAGCCCCCGGGGGUGCAACAGUAGCCUCGGUGGUGCGGGAGCAGCCUCUGGUGGUGCGGGAGCAGCCUCCGGUGGUGCAAGAGUAGCCUCGGUGGUGCAAGAGCCAUCUCCGGUGGUGCGGGAACACUCUCCCGUGGUGCAGGAGCAGCCCCGGUGGUGCAAGUGCAGCCUCCGGUGGUGCAACAGUAACCGCCGGUGGUGCGGGAGCAGCUUACGGUGGUGCAACAGUAGCCACCGGGGGUGCGGGAGCAGCCUCCGGCGGUGCGGGAGCAGCCGCCGCCACCGACCAUGAGGAAAUUUAACAUCAGGAAGGUGCUGGACGGUCUGACCGCCGCCUCGUCGUCGUCGUCGUCCUCCUCUUCCUCGCAGCAGCAGCAACAGCAGCAGCACCAGCCCGCCAGCCGGGAGAGCGAAGUCCCGGAGACGCUCCAGGCCGAGCACUUCCAGCUCUGCAAGACGGUUCGCCAUGGAUUCCCAUAUCAACCCUCAGCUCUGGCAUUUGAUCCUGUGCAGAAGAUCCUGGCAGUGGGAACUCAGACGGGUGCUUUAAGGCUUUUUGGUCGUCCAGGAGUAGAAUGUUAUUGCCAACAUGACAGUGGUGCUGCAGUAAUCCAGCUCCAGUUCCUGAUAAAUGAGGGAGCUCUUGUGAGUGCCUUGGCUGAUGACACCUUACACCUAUGGAAUUUGCGUCAGAAGAGACCUGCCAUUCUCCAUUCUCUCAAGUUUACCAGAGAAAGAAUAACAUUUUGCCAUCUGCCUUUCCAGAGUAAGUGGCUGUAUGUGGGUACCGAAAGAGGUAACAUACAUAUUGUCAAUGUGGAGUCCUUCACUCUAUCAGGCUACGUCAUUAUGUGGAAUAAAGCCAUUGAACUGUCAUCCAAAUCUCACCCAGGACCUAUUGUCCAUAUAAGUGACAAUCCAAUGGAUGAGGGAAAGCUUUUGAUUGGCUUUGAGUCUGGAACAGUGGCAUUAUGGGACCUCAAGUCUAAGAAAGCUGACUAUAGGUACACUCAUGAUGAGGCUAUCCACUCUGUUGCCUGGCACCAUGAAGGAAAACAAUUCAUUUGCAGCCAUUCAGAUGGCACUUUGACUAUAUGGAAUGUAAGAUCCCCUACUAAGCCUAUACAGACAAUCACUCCUCAUGGAAAGCAACUAAAAGAUGGAAAGAAGCCGGAACCAUGCAAACCAAUUCUCAAGGUGGAAUUUAAAACAACUAGAUCUGGGGAACCUUUCAUUAUUCUCUCAGGAGGUUUGUCGUAUGACACUGUAGGAAGAAGACCCUGUCUAACAGUUAUGCAUGGCAAGAGCACUGCUGUUCUGGAAAUGGACUAUUCAAUUGUUGACUUUCUAACACUCUGUGAAACACCAUAUCCAAAUGAUUUUCAAGAGCCAUAUGCUGUGGUGGUUCUUCUAGAAAAGGAUUUAGUCCUUAUUGACCUUGCACAAAAUGGGUAUCCUAUAUUUGAAAAUCCCUACCCCUUGACAAUACAUGAAUCACCUGUUACUUGUUGUGAAUAUUUCGCUGAUUGUCCUGCGGAGCUCAUUCCUGCACUCUAUUCUGUUGGAGUAAGGCAAAAACGCCAAGGUUACAGUAAAAAGGAAUGGCCUAUCAGUGGAGGUAACUGGGGCUUGGGCACACAGAGUUAUCCAGAAAUAAUUAUUACAGGGCAUGCAGAUGGGUCACUCAAGUUCUGGGAUGCUUCAGCAAUAACAUUGCAAGUGCUCUAUAAGCUAAAAACAUCUAAAGUAUUUGAAAAAUCAAGAAGUAAGGAAGAGAGACCAAGCACCGACAUAGUAGAUGAAGAUCCUUAUGCUAUUCAGAUCAUCUCAUGGUGCCCAGAAAGUAGAAUGCUGUGUAUAGCCGGAGUUUCCGCCCAUGUAAUUAUUUAUCGGUUCAGCAAACAGGAAGUGACUACAGAUGUAAUUCCGAUGCUUGAAAUCCGAUUGCUGUAUGAGAUAAAUGAUGUGGACUCUCCAGAGAGUGAGCAAGUGCCCCCUUUACCAACACCGGGGGGAGGUUCCAAUCCACAACCUCCCGCUCCACAGUCACGUCCAUCAACAAGUAGCAGCUCAUCAGAAGGACUUCGGGAUAAUGUCCCAUGUUUAAAAGUUAAAAGCUCUCCACUCAAACAGUCUGCAGGCUAUCAGAUAGAAGUAGUCAUUCAGUUGGUUUGGGUAGGUGGAGAACCACCACAACAGAUAACUAGUCUGGCAGUUAAUUCUUCCUAUGGACUGGUAGUUUUUGGAAACUGUAAUGGCAUUGCAAUGGUUGAUUACCUCCAGAAAUCAGUGCUUCUCAACCUUGGUACCAUUGAACUCUAUGGUUCUAAUGAUCCUUAUCGGAGAGAACCACGGUCUCCACGUAAAUCUCGGCAACCAUCAGGAGCAGGCCUAUGUGAUAUUAAUGAAGGUACUGUUGUGCCAGAGGAUCGCUGCAAGUCUCCUACUUCUGGUUCUACAACUCCAAACACUUCAGAUGAUGAGCAAAAAAUGAAUAAUUUUAUAGAAAUGGUGAAGACCAAAAGCAGAAACUUUUCCAAGAGGUUAACCAAUGAUAUAGCCAAGAUGUCAAGGAAGUUAAGCUUGCCUACUGAACUAAAGCCUGAUUUAGAUGUAAGAGACAAUUCCUUCAGUCGAUCAAGGAGUUCUAGUGUAACGAGCAUCGACAAAGAAUCCAGAGAAGCGAUUUCAGCUCUUCAUUUCUGCGAAACAUUUACUCGAAAAGCUGAUUCAUCACCUUCCCCGUGCUUGUGGGUUGGCACUACCCUAGGUACAGUGCUUGUCAUUGCACUGAAUCUUCCCCCAGGAGGAGAACAGAGACUUCUUCAGCCAGUAAUUGUCUCCCCAAGUGGUACAAUAUUGAGACUAAAGGGAGCAAUUCUGAGAAUGGCAUUUCUAGACACCAUCGGAUGUUUAGUUCCACCAGCAUAUGAGCCUUGGAGGGAACACAAUGUUCCUGAAGAAAAAGAUGAAAAGGACAAAUUGAAAAAGCGGCGACCUGUCUCUGUUUCUCCCUCCUCCUCUCAGGAAAUCAGUGAAAACCAGUACGCAGUGAUAUGCUCUGAAAAGCAAGCAAAAGUCAUCUCACUGCCAACCCAGAACUGUGCUUAUAAACAGAAUAUAACAGAGACCUCAUUUGUUCUUCGGGGUGAUAUAGUGGCAUUGAGCAAUAGUGUCUGCCUUGCAUGUUACUGUGCCAAUGGACAUAUCAUGACUUUCAGUUUGCCAAGUUUAAGGCCGCUGUUGGAUGUGUAUUAUCUGCCACUUACCAACAUGCGGAUAGCCAGAACAUUCUGCUUCACCAACAAUGGACAGGCAUUGUACCUGGUAUCACCCACAGAAAUUCAGAGACUCACCUACAGUCAAGAAACAUGUGAAAAUCUUCAGGAAAUGUUGGGUGAACUCUUCACACCAGUUGAAACACCUGAAGCACCAAAUAGGGGAUUUUUUAAAGGCUUAUUUGGAGGUGGUGCACAAUCCCUUGACAGAGAAGAACUCUUUGGAGAAUCAGCAUCUGGAAAGGCUUCAAGGAGUCUUGCCCAGCACAUUCCUGGCCCUGGUGGAAUUGAAGGUGUUAAAGGAGCAGCUUCUGGGGUAGUUGGUGAGCUCGCACGAGCCCGGUUGGCAUUAGAUGAAAGAGGGCAGAAACUUGGGGACCUGGAAGAAAGGACAGGUGCUAUGUUGUCAAGUGCUGAUUCCUUCUCUAAACAUGCUCAUGAGAUGAUGUUGAAGUACAAAGAUAAGAAGUGGUACCAGUUCUGACAACUAUAUUCAACUUGAUCGGAAGGAAAAAAUAAUAUUUUUUCUUUAUGUUGAUUUCUUUAGGACCAUUAGAAUUAAUGGGGUAUUCAUCGUUGGAUACUAUUCUUUCCUAGCACAAUCAUGCACUGUUUUCCUCAGUCAUGUGGCAUUAACUGAGGAGCAUUAUAUUUAAACACACAUAUGAACUAGAGUGUGUGCAUCUCGGCUGUGUGUUGUUCACAGCUUAGAAACUGAGCAGGCAACACAAAGCACAGGAAGAGAGAAAACAGGGAGCACUGGUGAGAAAUGGCAAGAAGGCAAUCCUAGAUCAUUCCUGGGUUAGAAUUCCCUUUCCAAGGGGUCCUGUGCCACUGUUUUUGCUGCCAGCAUAUCAGUCUCACACAGGGAGAGGCAAAGACAGCAGAGGUCCUCAAAGCUGGGAAAAAUAAUUGUUUGGACUGGACAGUGAUCAACUGGCUGGACCUCCUCUCCCAUAAACUGGCUGACCAUCAGUAUCAUGAUUGAAGAAAUGUUAAAUAAUUUGUUACCACCCAUUUAGGCAGGCAAGUGGAACUAUGAGGUAUUGAUCAUGAAAAUUUGAAUGCAGUUGAUCUGUGUAUGGACUAUUUUUGGAUUUCUGAUAUUGUAUUCCUGUAUGCAGUCCACAUUCUGCCAAGUGCAAAACAAGGUGAUAAAUCACUUUUCAUUGAAAAGAAAUGUGUAGAGCAUGACUGAACUGCUCAUCAUCCUGGUAGUUUUCAUGUAUAACGGCUAUGCAGUGUGAAAAGUGGGGAAAAAGCCUCCAUUGUGGUGAGGAGAAUACUUCAAUAUCUCUUAUUUGUUCUCAUAAAUUCAAUUAGAGGUGAUUUUGACCAAAAUAGUUAUUGGGUAAAUUUGUUUUAAAAAUGUUGAAAUGGGCUAUGGUUUUCAUUUGUGCUUGGAUUUUUAUAAAAUGUUUGUUUAAAUGUAUGUUGGCGUCUGUGUAAUUAAAACUGUUAAAGAAUGGUCUAAGAUUUUCCAGUAAAAUGAGCACCUCCUUUACUUAAAAAGAAAAACAACAAAAAAACCAACAAUCUUUUCUUUCUUCGAUCUCUGCCCCAGGACACUCAGGUGAUGAUCCAGUGAAAACUUAGUGCACGUUUUGUUUGCGUGGAAUAUGCUAAGCAUUUAGUGUCAAUAAAUAUAUAUCAGUCUCCAGUAGGAGGACCUGCAAAAUAUAUUCAUAGGACUACCUACAUACAUACAUACAUCUGUCCCUGUCCUUUCCUAGUUUUAAAAGUUCCAAUUAAAAAAAAAUGAUCGCAGAAAUGUAAAAUUAAGUACCGGUUCUCAAUAUUGCAUUGAGAGGGAAAGAACUACUUGUUAAAUUUGAAAAUGAGUUACUCUGACAAUUUAGACUACUCUCCAAAACCAUUUGCCACUAUAAAAAACUGUAAAAAGAAACUGCAUAAAAUGACCAUUAAAAUUAAUGUUCUCAAAAUCAAAGUAUUUUUGAUUUCUAAAAUAAAAAAGUUGACUUUCAUGAAGAAAUAAUUAGAGCACAAAUGGAUAGCAGAGUACUUUUUUCUACUUUGUGGCCAUUAAGUUGUAUAUUUCUAAGACUUCAACUUCAUGUGCUUUGUUCAUUGUUUUAAUGAGUUCAUGUAAAACCUUUAUGUUUACAAUUCAUGAAGUGCACUAUGGGUAUGAAAGUUUACAGCAAAAUUGCUUUAGAGUCUCAGUUGAUCAAGUGACCUAGAAAGUGGAUUCAAACCAAAUAUCCCUUUUAUUUACAAAUUCUAGGAAUUGCAUAUGCACUGGUAAGUAAAUUGUUUUGUGUGUAGCUAAUGUCAUCUCUCCAAGAAAGAUUCAGAAAUUAAAAGAUGUUGUAGCCUGUCUUAAUACAUCCUAUAAUCUGUGCUGCACUGCAAAUGAAUUGAACUCUUGUUUAGCAUAUAUAGUUCAAUAUAUGUCGUGAACAAGGUUACAGAUGUGGACAUUAAAGUUGAGCAAAGACCCUAGAAAUACUUGAUUUAUCCCACAUACAUAGUUCCAGUUUCCUAACUCUGCCUGCCACAAAAUUGUUUUGCAGAUAUAUUUUAAUCUAUUAUUUCAUCUGUUUUCUAUAAAAUUAAGUAAUCUCAUUUGAUUAAUGAAUACAGAAAAUUAGAUUUACAUAAGUUUCAUUUGAGAAGAAAUCCUCAUGAGGAUAUUUGUUUGCUUUUCCUUAAAUUUGAGUCCAUAGUUGUAAGACAAAGUAGAAAAUACAAAAAACACAUUUCUCUCAGAUCUACUUUAUUUGGUCACUGGAAAAGGCCAUUUCCAAGUAUUUUCCCAAUUCCUGAUUGAAAUUGAAUGAAUGUAAGAAAGAUGAUAUUCACCACAAGUAGUGAUGGAUGAGUACCAGCAAGGGAAAGAGGGUGAAACAAGAGUGAAUAAAGUAUUUAUGAGAAGAGUAUUUAAGUGUACUUUUAUACUUUCUUUAACAUUUCUCUAUUUCUUUAAUAUUUUCCCCUCUUUGGUAAAUCAUUGAAGUGUGAAUUGAUUUAGCAAGCUAUAAAAAUCAGCAAACUGUUUUCCUAUGUACCACAUCUAACUUAACCACUUUUCAAACUAAAAUUCUCAUUUUUGUCUCAUAUAUUCUAAGAAAUAAUUUGUGAAAUAAGGGCUCUGUUGUAUUUGCUAGCAUUGGGCAAAUCAUUCUUCACAGUAUCUAUAAAGGAAGUCUAGCAAAGGGGAAUCAACUUCAGCCCUGCCCAAAUUGCAUUUCAGUUGUAUACAAACUCUUUUUAAAGUGUUUGGAAAGAAUAACUUGAGAUACAACUGAACUAUUUCUGAUUUGUCAAUUUAUUUUCUGAUGAAAAUGCAAAAAACAGCUAUCUGUGUUAUGUGUAAUUUUACAUCUUAGUACUCUUAAAGAAUAAAGAUUUUCUUUUGGUUAGGAAUUUUGCCAAAUUGUAAGUUCUUCUGAAUGUUACUUCAUGUAAAUGUGUGUGUAUUUCAAACAAGUCUGAAAGUGUUAACAUGGUCAGUAUCAUGGGGGAGGGAUGGGGGUGGAAAGAUUGUUAUUUGGAUUUCAUCAUCAGUUUCAAAGUUUUAUUCUGAUUUGUAAUUGCAUCCCUUGUCUGGUUGAUCCAUCUAUGUUUUGCUUGAGACAUUUUCACAUGACAAAUUAGAAAGCUACAUCCAAAGGUAAUUUUUGUGGCAGAAACUUAUUUUACUUUUUUUGCUUAAUAAAGAGCACUGAUAUUACCUGACUUUAAACUUGAAUCUUUUCUGCACUUUUUUAAGUAAUGAAAGUUUUGUAGUAUUUAAUUUCAUCCUAGUUUUUCCAUGUUUCUUAAAUUGCAAAUCAUCAGUGUUAAAUUAAAAAGAAAAAAAGGGAGAAAAAUCAGGCACACUAGGGGUGGCACAUUUGGAAAUUGUGAAGAACUUUCAAACUCUGAUAGAAUAAUAUUUUUAAAAUAUGAAAAAAGUCACUCUGAAUUCCAAAAUCAUUUCCUUUGUGUCAGUGUUCUUUAGUCUCUUCAGCUACUGCAACACUUUCAGAUUUGUUUCAAGAUCAUACAGUAAUCUGUUAUAUUUAUACAUACUGCUAUAGAAUAUACUUUUAGUUUUCAAAUGAAGUUUUUAUAUAUGUACACUUUAAUUUUAAAAUAUAAGAACUUGUUAAGUUUAAGUCGGAGUACUUAAAAAGUAUGUAUAUUAUCCAUACAAAAAGUUUGUUUUACGCUUAUAAUAAGAAAUAUAAUCGUAUCUCAUAUCGAGAUACAGUUAAUUUAAGAAAUUACUGUAUUUUAUUAGGAAAUCUUCACUUACCUGGCAGGACAAAUCAUAGAUUUUGGUAACCCCACUUUUGAACAUCGUCAAAUAUUUCUUUAGUUUCAGGAGGUGGGGAGGAGAAUUCCACAAAGGCACUUAGUUGCAAAAUCUUUAUCAAUAGCUACAGCUUGCUGUUGAAUGGUUGCCGUAACUUUUGUUUUAAGAUAAAAUAGUUUUUCAGGUAUUUUCUUCAGCUUUUUUAAAAUAAAUUUCCAAAAACUUAAACAGAGGUUAUGUAUUUUUGUCGAUUUUUUUUUUCUUUUGUAGUUAAAAGAAUGCAGUCCACAUCAGUUUGAUACCUGUUAAAUCACUUUUUUCAGAAUUUUUGUUCAGUUUUUAAAAGCAUAAGUUCUGGUGAAGUGCCCUAUUUUUGUUUGUCAUGUUUGUUUACACAUGUGGAUUGAAAUUUAUAUCAUUCGGUGAAAAUGUGUUAGAUGUUAAAACUUUAGCAAGGAAUGUGAAAAUUGUGUAUUUGUAGUUUAUGUUAAUUGCUCUUUUCCUCAUUUGGACCAAUUUCUUGUGAAAUUUUAUGUGCAUUGUCUUUCCUGUGGUUUUUGGUGUAUUUUCUGCUGGCAGUAGAGAUUUUGUAGGAUAAAAUUAGUUGUUUGGAGUAGGGGAAAAGAUAAUUUUUUUAGAGCACCUCAAUUUAACUAAUUCAUUGUAAUUUCCCAAAUUGCCAUAGUUAGAAUUUCUUUUCCAUAAGUAGACAGUACCUUCUUGUCAAAAAUAUUCUUAAGUUAAUUGACGGUGGCUCUUUGGAUGUGCAUCUUAUUAAGUGUAGAAUAUUCCACACUUUCAAGUAAAUGCAACUCCUGAUUUCACAUUCCACCUCAAAGUAAUGAAUUGUUUUUGAAUAAUGGUAUACAAAAUAUGAACAAAUCAGUAUUAAUUUAGUAUUUUUAAGUUCAAGCUCUUAAAAUAAGUUAGUUUCAUAAUGGAAUGGUAGUAGUAUAUAAAAUGUGAACAAAUCAGUAUUAAUUUAGUGUUUUUAAGUUCAAGCAGUUAACAAAAAAGUUAAUUUCAUAAUGGAAUUGUAGGAUGCUUUAAUUUUUUAAUUGUUUUUGUUACAUUAUCUCAGUGAAAGAUUUACGCCUAGUUUUAUCUGGACUUGGAAGGAUUUAUAAAUUGAGAAUAUAUAUAUUGAAGCAAAAGGCAAUGCAAGGGGUUAACCAUAUUUUAGUUAUUUUAAUUUAUUCUUUGUAAAUAACCAGUGCUCUAUGUUACCGUAGACUUGACUUCUGCUGAUUAUAGUGGCUAGCAUUAAGAAACAUUCUGCUUUCUAGGUAUGCUCUGCUAUGUAAAAGCACCACAAAAAAGACAACAAGAUAAAGAACAGUGAAUUUUUUUUAACGUUGCCCAUUUAUUGGGUAAGCAUGCUUGAGUAGAGUUGUAGCUUAUGUGUAUAUCUUAUGUAAAUGUAUACAUGCAAAAAAAAUUCAGUUCAAGCAAUUUAUUUUUUAGUCUUGCUGAGUCCCAUUGGUAUCUUUGAGGGUAAUUGCUGGAAUAUGCAUUUUAAAUAGGUAGGGUUGCAAAUCCAUAUGUCUGUAUAGUUUCAUAUGAACUGCAAAAACCAUAGUGUUGCAAACACGGAAAUGUGUUGGACUUUGUAGUCAUUUUCCAAAAUGUACUUGAACUAUGUCAUCGCAGCAAAAAGAUUAAAAUUAGGUAAUGGAAUAUUUUUGUAAAUGAAUACCUGUCCAGCUGGUAUUUUAAGGAAAGAAAAUGUAUUAUACAUUAAUGUUUCUGAAAAAUGUUCAUAUAUAUGUAUAUGAAAGUGUCAUUAUGCUGAAGGGCUCUGACUGGGCAAAAUAAACUACUCAAAUCUCUCCUGAAACCAAA